GAAACGGUAUUGGCGCUACACCCAGAUAGCUUAUCUUCCGACGUUAUCAUUUCAGAGGGCAGCAACCAAAGGCCCAGACUUCACGCGCACGCACACACAGAGCCAGAGACGACGAGAGAGAGAGAGAGAGAGAGAAUGCGAAGCUUGACGCUCUCAGAGAGCGUGUUGGGGGCAAAGUCAGUGCCUUCAUGUUUCUUGUUUUCUUUGAGUUCACGCUUGAAGAAGCAGAAUUCCAAGCCUUCUGGUCCAGACCCAAGUCUCAUUUUUGCGAGAUAUUCAAGCCGAUGGUCUGCAAACACUGGAUACUUUUUACAAAGAACCACUGGAAGUUCAGAUGGUCUUGAAUUAAGGUGUCUUGACUACAGGACCUGCAAAGUGAAUUCAGAAUCAACGCCAGUGAUGGAUGAUUGCUGUGUUUUGUACGAAUCACUUGAAAAGAAUAAUUCAAGAAGGGAAUGUCACAUAGCUACUGAUAUAGUUGCUUCUAAUGAUUCAUUCGGUGGUAUUAUGAAGUUUUUGCUGGCGUUUGGGUUUCUCACACUUCAAGGCUCUCAACCAGCACUUGCUGUUUCAGACAUUGCUAGCGGGUUGCAGUCAAUCCCUUAUUUAGGGGACCUUGGUGAUAUUAGCACAGGUUUUGCUUCAGCAUUCUUGCUGAUCUUUUUCUCAGAACUAGGGGACAAGACCUUUUUUAUUGCGGCGCUUCUAGCAGCUAGGAACUCUGCUGCUGUUGUUUUUACUGGGACUUUUGGUGCACUUGCGGCAAUGACCAUCAUAUCUGUUGGCCUUGGACGAACUUUUCACUACAUUGAUGAAAUCCUACCAUUCAGGUUCGGUGAAACUGAUUUGCCCAUUGAUGACAUUGCCGCAGUUUUCCUUUUGGUAUAUUUUGGGGUUUCAACCUUGCUUGAUGCCACCUCAAGUGAUAGUCUAAAAGCAGAAGAUGAACAAAAGGAGGCAGAGUUAGCGGUUUCAAAAUUUUCAGGAAAUGGUGCUGGUAUCUUAUCUGCCGCUAGUACCGUUAUUAGCACUUUUGCCUUAGUUUUUGUUGCUGAAUGGGGUGACAAAUCAUUUUUCUCCACAAUAGCACUUGCUGCCGCAUCUUCGCCCCUCGGAGUCAUCGGGGGAGCACUAGCCGGUCAUGGCGUCGCAACUCUGAUUGCUGUUUUGGGAGGUUCAAUACUGGGGACAUUUUUGUCAGAGAAGGCCAUUGCCUACAUUGGAGGUGUUCUUUUUCUCGUCUUUGCCGCAGUAACAUUGAUUGAGAUAGUAAGUUAGAGAUUAGAAUUUGUACAUUUUUAUAAACUCAUAGAACACCAAUUCCUUCUAUUUCCAUUCAUUCAAGAACUAUUAUAUCAUUGUGAUUAUUAUAUACUUGUCUUAAUCGGAGGUAAUCAUGUUGAUAAUGGCUCCCGUCAUGGAUUAGAUGUAGACCAAGUUGAACACAUUCUGUUAGAAUACAUUGAGAAUAUCCUGGAUACUUUGCACCA